AUGAACGAACCGGAUACAGCAUUGAAUACAACUGAAGAAACACGUCUUUUUGGAGAAAUACCUCAAGCUACACCAGCCCUGCAAGGACUUACAACACAUAUGAAACAAGAAGUCCUUAGUGGGGUCCAGGCAACGGCGGCCUUGGCAGCGACCGGAGAGGAUGGUAAUCAAAGUUCCGGCGUAAGUAGUGCUAUCAGCAGUAUCAUGAAUGUGGAACUCGACGCUACCGGAAUUAACGGUUCAGUGGCCGAGAGAAUACUUUUGGAUCAGCCAGUGGAGCAGAAACUACAGCAAGAUUUAGUGAUUGAUAUGGAAGGUUCACCCGUGCCAAGCUACACGAAAAUGAGUUUCCCAGAGAUUGUACAGCAGCUUCGAGCCUCAUUCAACAGUGGCAAAACGAGGAAUGUUGAGUACAGACUGAAGCAACUGAAUGCACUUCUUCGGUGCUACGAAGAAAAUGCUGCCGAAAUGGCGAACGUGCUGGCCGCGGAUCUGCGCAAGCACAAGCAGGAGGCUUACCUGCUGGAGAUCGACUUCAUUCUGAACGAUCUUCGCAACACGCUGUUCAAUCUACGCGAGUGGGUGAAACCGGAAAAACCUGAUAAGAGCCUGGUGAACGUCAUGGACGGCGUGUACAUUUACAAGGAUCCGUACGGCGUAGUGCUGGUAAUCGGUGCCUGGAACUAUCCGCUGCAGUUGACGCUGGUCCCAGUUGCCGCGGCCAUUGCAGCCGGCAACUGUGUCGUAAUCAAACCGAGCGAAGUGGCACCGGCUUCGGCCAAAUUUAUCGCCGACAUGCUGCCCAAGUACCUGGAUGCGGAUUGCUACCGGGUGGUGACGGGUGGCCCAAAGGAAACCAGCGAGCUGUUGAAGGAAAAGUUCGAUUACGUGUUCUACACCGGUUCGGGACGGGUGGGCCAGAUCGUACACGAAGCAUGCAGCCGUCAUCUGACGCCCUGCACGCUCGAGCUGGGCGGUAAAAGCCCUUGCUAUCUGGACGGUACUGCCAACAUCGCCAUCGCUACGCGGCGCAUUCUGUGGGGCAAGUUUAUCAAUGCGGGCCAGACGUGCAUCGCGCCCGAUUACGUGCUGUGCAGCAAACAGGUCCAGAAGCAGUUCCUGGAGGAGGCACGCAAGGUACUGAAGGAGUGGUACGGUGCCAACCCGAAGGAUAGUCCCGAUCUGUGUCGCAUCAUCAACCAGAACCAUUUCCAGCGGCUGUCGACUCUGCUGAAGGGUGCCAAUGCGGCGAUCGGUGGAGAGACCGAUCUACAGGAUCGUUACAUUUCGCCCACGAUCCUCGUGGACGUCAAGUCGACCGAUCCGGUGAUGCAGGACGAAAUUUUUGGCCCCAUCCUACCGAUUCUGAAUGUAGACAAUGCGUACGAUGCCAUCAAGUUCAUCAACUCCAGUGCUAAGCCCCUCUGCCUGUACAUCUUCAGCGAGAAGAAAGCGGAUAGACGUACGAUUAUCGAAAACACCAGCAGCGGAGGUGUUUGCGUUAACGAUACAUUAAUGCACUGUGCAGUUGAAACUUUGCCGUUUGGCGGUGUCGGCCCAAGUGGUAUGGGAUCGUACCAUGGUAAGUACUCAUUCGACACGUUCGUCCACAAGAAGUCCUGCCUGACGAAAGACUUCAAUCCGAUCGGCGAGAAGCUGGCUGCCUCCCGAUACCCACCGUACUCGGAGAGUAAACUGUCCUUCCUGAGCACCUUGCUGAAGAAGCGUCAAGGAAUUAACACCAAAUUUUUGCCAUACCUACUGAUGUUCGGCGUUGGUGUAGCAUCGACACUUUUGAUGACUACCAUCCUUAAGAGACGUUCGCUUUAAAUCAGCAUUAGGGUUCCAGAAGGCGUUGAAAAAGAAGGUUUAUAUUGUCCCUGGUUCUCUUCAAGUUCAGUACCAGGUCUUGUAUUCAUGUUCACAGGAAAUGAAAUGAAAAUACGCGAGUAUUGGCAUUGGAAAGUAUUAGGAUACACGAAAUGGUCAAAAGGUUUUGUUACGCUAACCAUGUGGUAAUAACUGUUCAAUUACGAAAUAAA